AUGGAGGGACAUAAUUCCAUGAAAGUGGAUGAAGAUACUUCUUCGGAGGGAAACAAGGAUGUCUUGCCAUUCGCAUUUGCAAUCAUAUUUGCAGUUGUUUUCUUUAACCUAAUAUUAAUAUAUAUUUGUCGCUACUGCUUAACAUGCUUCCAUUUUCUCGAUUUUGAUGAAGAAGAUGACGAUGUUCUUCCUUUAAUUCAAACGAACAGGAUGAACACUUCAAGACCUCCUACUUCAUUCCCAACAGAAAGACUUCACAACAUGUUAGGUUAUAACAUUCCUCGCCAUAGGCAACAGCCUCCUACAUUAUCCCAAAAUGAGCUAGGCUAUUUAUCUCCAGUAGUAACCUACAGAGACUGGCUUUAUAAAAGAAGAGCAGAAAAAAAUAAACAAAAUGUGCAGAGUGAUAAUCUUCCAAUUGAUAAACUUUCACAUACUUUCGACAAGGACCCCUUUCUCUUAGGAAUGUCAAUGAAUUCAUCGACAACAAAAUUUUCGGAAAAAUCCUCCUUUGAAUCAAAAGUUUCCGAUGAAAUGGAUAAUUAUGGUCAACCAAAGGGAAGUUGUUCGAGAGAAGACAAUGCGAACAUCACUAUGAACGCGGAAGAUGCAAACCAGGAAGAAGAAGAUGACUUUUGUACAAUCUGCUAUGCAAAUUAUGAUUAUACUGAUUAUUUACGUGUCCUUCCUUGUGGGCAUCUUUUUCAUGCUCAAUGUAUAGAUACUUGGAUGACUACUUCGAAAGCAUCUUGCCCUCUCUGUAAUGAAGACUAUAGCAGAAAGCAUUAUAAGUCGAAAAAUUAUUCAGCUAGUUCUUCCAACAUGGAUGUGUUAGCACAUGAACCUGUAAACACCCAACUUGAGGAUAAUUAUGCUGCUCCUUUUGUAAAUCCAGUUCUAUCUUUUCGUGAUAGCAGAAUGCCUUUUUUUAUGAACAGCGCAGUAUAA